GAGGCGGCGGAACCAGAGCAGCUUGUGUGAGACGGCGGACCGCGAGCGAACGAAUUUAAUAACAGCGAACUGGUCGGGCAACGUUUCAUUAGUACACGAACCGUCAAUCCGAAAACAAGUGCCAUUCUUCUAAAACUUUGCGCGCGCGAGCUCGGUCGUUGUGGUCUCCAUCCGUUUGAUGUAUGUUUGAAGUUCUUGGUUCUGUUCCACAGUAUUACGUUGACCCUUUCCACUCUUUCCGGUUUGUGGGGGUUUAGAGUGCAGCAGUUAAAGUGAGUGCGUCCGUCAAGGAACCCCUAGUGGAACGUUAGUUGUAGUCCUGGUGCGUGCGGGUGUGGAUUAAGUGAAGUAUAGUUUUGCACUGUUUGAAACUUGUGUUUCUGUGCACUUAUUUUAUUUCUAGCGAAGAAUACCAUUACGAACUGUGAAAAUCGAACUGAAUUUUUAGUGAAAAAUCGACCUUAUCAGAGGAUUUCAAGAGUAUAAGUUUUCCGUUGAAGUGUUUUAUUGUCAUCGAUCAACUCCACUUGCAGAAUUUUGAAUUUUUGUCUUGGACCAGAAAAAAAGUUGAUUCCGUUUUGAAAAUUGAACGGUCACCCUUAAAACCACGCACAAGAGCAGCCGCUCGACGACAUCGAUCAGCUCGGUGAGCCGCAAGGGCAAGAGCACCAGCGUCGUCCGGAAGAAGUACAAAGAUUCGUACCACGUGAUGGGAGGCUUCGAGCAACGGCCGUGGACUCCGACCAAACGGCGGGGGCCCAUCGCGGCGGAACACCGUGGACCGGGACCGCAGUAUCUGCUGCCACAGCUGCUAGGCACACGAGUAGUCGACUCCAAGCGGGCGGCUGCACCCGCAUACAGCUUCGGUCAACGCCACAGACCCCGGACGGAGUCCUUCAGCCCCGGUCCCCUAUACAACAUCACCGGGCUCGGGUGCAAGGGCAAAGACACUCCCCCGGCCUAUUGUUUACAGAGUCGACCCAAGGAAAUCCCCAAGUACCUCACACCGGCGCCCGGCGAGUAUAACGUGGAAAAGUCGGACAAAAUGCUCGUCAAAUCAGCUCCACGGUAUACGUUCGGUGUGAAAAAGCCACCGAAGUCCACUAGUGAAACUCCAGCUCCCUGUGAUUACAAACCCGAGAAAGUAGUAUUAGAUAGCACCCCAAAGUUUUCAUUCGGAAUCAGGCCGGAAGUAAAAAUUGGUAGCGAAACGCCAGCUCCCGGUACAUACUCACCAGAAAAAGUAUUACAUGACAAAUCACCAAAGUUCAGCUUUGGCCUCAAAGUUAUUCCCGAAAGGCACGAAGAAACCCCUGCACCCGGAGCGUAUCAACCGGAACGGGCCAUUCACGCGUUAGAUAGGAAACCCGCUUUUACCUUCGGCUUGAAAACAAUCAUUGAAAAACCUAACAACACCCCGGCUCCUGGAGCCUACGAACCGGAGAAGGCCAAACUCGAUAACACCCCUUCCUACAGCUUCGGCAUCAGGCCUAACCUGGACAAACCGAACACUAAUCCCGCACCGUGUCAGUACGAGCCCGAGAAGGCCAAGAAACUCGAUCACUCACCUGCAUAUCCAUUCGGCAUGCGUAUCAAUCACGAUAAGCCUAGCAAUACGCCUGCCCCCACGGCUUACGCAGUAGAGAAAGUAAACCUAGAUCACCAACCCGCGUACAGUUUUGGCCAGCGAACGAAAACCGACAAACCGAACACCAAUCCAGCCCCGGGAGCGUAUGCACCGGAAAAGGUCAACCAGGACGGGGCGCCGAAGUACAGCUUCGGCAUACGACCGACAAUCGACAAAGUGGACUCCGUCCCUGCACCGGGGGCGUAUUCUCCCGAAAAGGCCAAAUUAGAUUGCACUCCGGCGUACAGCUUUGGAGCGCGAAUCACCCACGAGAAACCAAGUGCCAUUCCCGGACCGGGGGCGUACGACGCCGACAAGGUGUUGGACAAGAACGCACCGUCCUACAGUUUUGGAGCCAGGACCAAUGUGGACAAGAAGAGCGACAUUCCUGGUCCGGGAGCUUACGAUUCAGAUAAGGUAGUAGAUAAGACGCCAGCGUAUAGUUUUGGAUUAAGAACGAAUGUUGAGAAGCCAAGUGUUGUUCCGGGACCUGGAGCUUACGAUUCCGACAAGGUGGUAGAUAAAAGUACGCCGGCGUACAGUUUCGGUCUCAGGACAAAUGUUGGAAAGCAUGACAAUAUACCAGGUCCCGGAGCAUACGAUUCCGAUAAGGUAGAUAAGACCACACCCGCUUAUAGUUUUGGAGUUAAGACGAAUCUUGAAAAGCCUAAUAAAAUCCCUGGUCCGGGAGCUUACGAUUCUGACAAAGUAGACAGUGGAGCCCCUUCAUAUAGCUUCGGUGUGAAAACGAGUCUCCAAAAGCCAAACAACGUUCCGGGUCCCGGAGCUUACGACUCGGAUAAGGUCGAUAAGGGUACUCCGGCGUAUAGCUUUGGAAUCAAAACCAAUGUUGCGAAACCUAAUACGAUUCCUGGGCCUGGAGCUUACGAUUCUGACAAAGUUGAUAACAGUACCCCCGCGUACAGCUUCGGAGUUAAACCAAAUCUCGACAAACCAAACACUCUUCCAGGACCUGGAGCGUACGAUGCGGAUAAAGUUUUAGACAAAAGCACUCCAGCUUACAGUUUCGGCGUGAAGACCAAUGUAGAAAAACCUAACAUUGUACCUGGUCCAGGAGCUUACGAUGCUGACAAGGUAAUUGAUAAAUCCACCCCAGCCUACAGUUUUGGGCUCAAAACGAACGUGGAUAAGAAAGACACCAUCCCAGGACCGGGAACCUACAACAACGAUAAAGUUGUAGACAAGGUCACCCCUGCGUACUCCUUCGGAGUGAAAACCAAUACAAACAAGGUUAACAAUACUCCAGCACCUGGAUCAUACUCUCCGGAAAAAUGUAAACUCGACAAUACUCCUCAAUACAGCUUUGGAGUGAAAACCAACGUGGAAAAGAAGGACACAAUCCCGGGCCCUGGAGCGUACAAACCUGAAUCCGUCAAUCCAGACACCACUCCCGCGUAUACCUUCGGAGUCCGCCCGAACAUCGAUAAGAUCCAACCGACCCCAGCCCCUGGUAGCUAUUCCCCCGAGAAGCACAAAAUCCACAAUCCAGCCUUUACCUUCGGAGUUCGACCCAACAUCGAUAAAAUCCAGCCUACCCCAGCACCUGGAGCGUACAAUACGGAAACGGUUAAACUGGACAGCACCCCGGCGUACACGUUUGGCGUGAGGCCCAAUUUGGACAAAAUCCAGCAAACUCCGGCUCCCGGGGCCUACGAAGUCGAGAAGGUCAAGCUCGACCAUGGUCCGGCCUAUCAGUUUGGUAUCAAGGUGAAUCGGGAAAAGGUGAACGAUGUGCCAGCUCCUGGAACGUACAAUCCCGACAAACUGAAGUUGGAGCAUGCCCCCGCGUACACAUUCGGUAUUAAGCACAAAGGCGAAAAGCUGAAAGAUACUCCAGCUCCCUCGGCUUACCAGCCGGAAAAGUGCAAACUGGACCUUGCCCCAGCAUUCACGUUCGGCGUGAAGGUAAAUUGUGAAAAGUUCACUGAAAAUCCAGCUACAAUGAUGAGCAAUGGCAUGAACGGCGGCACCACCACCUCCACAUCCACCUCAGCUGUUGCCACCAACAAUGUCACCGCAACCACUGCAACAACUGCUGUCCAGGAAAAUGGUGGCACAAUCGUUGCACUGCAACAAUCAAGCAGCAAAAACAGUAGUGUACAGCAACAACAGCAGCAACAGAGCACCCAACAACAACAUCAGUCGCAACAGCGCGUUGUGAGCAAUGGGGGUGCCAUCACGACCACCACCACCACAACCAGCGGCAGCAUGAAGAUGACCCGGCAAAGGAAAACCGUAUGCGAAGAGCACGUGACUUCGACGAGCGCCACAAGCACUAAUGGGGGCACAGUGGUCACCAACGAAAGUCUGGUUCCCAACUGCAUCGCUGGGGUCAAAUCGCUGCAGAACGUGCAACAUCAGCGAAUGGUUUGCACCGGACAUUUCCGAGCUUGAGAUGUGAUAGGGUGUUUUUUGAAUGUGGUGUUUUUGUUUUGGAUAGAAUUUUGCAUGCGUUUUUUUUUUGUGAGAGUGAAUUGUUUUUUGAAUACUUUGUUAAAUGUUUGAUAGCUUCCUAGAUGUAGCUUGUCUGAAAUGGCUUAUUAUCCGUUGUUUUGUACAUGUUGAGCACAGUUUUCAAUUAGAAUUACAAGUAGCAUUUAGAUCGUAGUUUUUGUGCUGUUGAUUUCAUCGCCGAGUCAAGUCCAUAUUUUAAGCCCCGAAUGAGUACCAUAUCCCAGACGUGCUCGGUUCAAGCAAAGAAGGCCCGAUCCGAUCGGCACCGGCCUACACAAUCACGGGCCGCUCGAAACCGCGACUUCCACAGUGCAUCACUUUCCCUGGGCCCGGUC